AUGAAGAGUGGGAAUGAAACUUCUUCAGCAGACUUCAUUCUGCUGGGACUCCUGAGCCGGACCAAUGCACACAUGUUCUUCCUGGCCCUGAUAUUAUUAGCCUUCAUCGCUGCCUUGUCUGGGAAUGCUCUCCUCAUAUUUCUAAUCCAGGUGGACUCAUCCCUUCACACCCCCAUGUACUUCUUCCUCAGUCAAUUGGCCUUCAUGGACAUUUGUCAGAGUCUGAUUGUUGUCCCCAAAAUGGCAGUAGGCUUUCAGACCUCAGACAACACCAUUUCUCCAGUUGGCUGUGGGGCUCAGAUUUUGCUUGUGCUGACAAUGGGUGGAGCAGAGUGCCUCCUCCUGGCAGUCAUGGCUUAUGACAGGUAUGUAGCCAUUUGCAACCCCUUGCAAUACCCCGUCCUCCUGAGCAGGAGAGUCUGCCUGGGCCUCACAAGUGGGGUCUGGAUCGGGGCAACUACAGAUGCAUUGAUAUUUACAGCUUCUACUAUGCACCUGCCCUACUGUGGCUCUAAAAAGAUUAAUCACUUUUUCUGUGAAGUCCCAGCCCUGCUCAAAUUGUCCUGCACUGACACAUCCCCAUAUGAGACUUUGCUGUUUGUGACUGGAACUGUCCUGCUUCUCAUCCCCUUUUCCAUCAUCCUAGCCUCUUACGCUCACAUCCUUGCUGCAGUCCUAAGGAUGAAGUCAGCCAGACAGCAGAAAGCUCUGGCCACCUGCUCCUCCCAUCUGACUGUGGUGGUCAUGUUUUACGGGGCAGGCAUCUUCACGUACAUGAGACCCAGCUCCUAUCACUCACCAGAGGAAGACAAGAUUAUGUCUCUGUUUUACACCAUUGUCACCCCAGUACUAAAUCCACUCAUCUACAGCCUGAGAAACAAGGAUGUCUUAGGUUCCCUCAGAAAGCUGUUUGGUAGGGCUGUGAGGAAUUUUGCCCACUGUUUCGAUUUGACACUGUUUCGACUAAUCUCGCGCUAG